AUGGCAUCCUCUGGACGCCGUUCGCAACGCCGCUGCAAGACGCUGCUGGUUCUGCUGGUUGCGAGCUGCUUGCUGUCCGUGGUCAGCACAGCGCACGCCGAGCAGGCGCCUUUCAACGUACCGUCUGCGUCCACCACAGCAGCGGCAGAGCUGACGCCGCACGAAGCGUACGAAGAAGCUCUUCGUCUGCUCCGCACCACCAUCAAAACCAAGUCUUCCCGCAACAAGAGCAGCAAAUCCACGCCACGGGUUGCUUCAUCGACAUCACAGCAAAGCGACAGCAGCUUGCCACUGAAAGCUUCCAAAGGAGCAAAUCUCGUGCACGCUGCACGAGCGAUACGUCGCUGGCUCCGCGAUGCACUCGAUACCGCUCAGGAGGCUGCUGCGUCGGAUGCGGCCAUAAGCGCAAAAAUCAGAGGAGUCAGCCUGCCCAAGAGUGACGGCGCUCAUCAGUGGCAGGGGCCUCCCAUCGGAGCAUCGCAGUAUGAAUCGUCAUGGCCUAGCGCUAGUCCUCUACCGCUUUGGCCAGAUUGGGAGAGGCUGCCGGAGGAAGCAUCACCGGUCACUCCGACGGAUAGUAUCUGGGAGAGCGUCAUGUUUGGGCCUUUCAACACCAAGAUCGACGGGAACAGCGAUCUUGUGCUGGCAUCGGCGGAAGUCACAGAUUCAGCAGAAGGAGACGAGGGGGAUAUGAGCAGGGCUGUUUCGCUGCUCACAAGGGCGGGGUGGGGACGCGAAUCGGUCGACUGGACAUACGAAGCAUACUCUUCAGCAGCCCGCAACGGCUCGAGCCUGCUUCGAGAUGCUUUCAACGGCGAGUCUACAACAACCACGUCGAACGGAGAUGGCUCGCCAGCUUUGGCCGACGCUCUGUGGGUGCUAGGAGAACACUCGCUGUGGGGCACGCACGGAAGUCGACCCGAUCUUGCACGCGCUCGCGCAUGUUAUCAACGGCUCGCCGAUCUCGGUCGCGAUCACCUCGGCAAUUCAAUGGCAGGCAACGCCAGUGCCCACGCUCGACUCGCCUUUCUGGAAGGCAGCGGCUGGGAAUCGACCGUUCGAGGCGACUGGACGCCUUUGCCAAACGAAGUCAGCACGUGGUCUUCGUUCACCUCGUCGCCAACAUUCGAUGAAGUUCGUUCGGCCUGGGAGAAGCGACGCGAGCUCUUUGCACAGCUCAAGCGCGACGAUGGACAACGACAAGCCAAAGCAGUGCUGCACUACACGAUCGCUGCCAAUGCCGGACAUGCCCCGUCGCAGAUGGCGCUCGGCUUUCGGUACAAAGCCGGCAUCGGCGUGGCGCCAUCGUGCUGGAACGCACUCGAGCUCUACGAACGGGCGGCCGAAGACACUUACAAGCGCUUCCAGGCAGGUCCACCGGGCGGGCUGACGUUGCCGUACACCAAGAUCCGUAUCUCGGAUCUCGAUGGCGGUGCUUACGGUCCCGGUGCCUCGGUGGCUUCAACCGGCUACGCCGUCUUCAACCCGGCCGUGCAAGCCGCGCUGAACCGUCAACCUGGCUCAGUCCGCGACCCGUCGGCACUCGAAGAUCUGCUCGAGUACCACAUUUAUCUUGCCGAGCACGGCGACGUGAGGAGCUCGCUCUUCAUGGCGCAAGUCUACUACCACGGAAGCAUCUACUCGUCGAGCGAAGCCGCAGGUGCCGUGCGCCGUGACUAUCGACGUUCCUUGACAUGGCUUCUGCGGGUCGCCAAAGAGGUGUGGCCUCGCAAGGCAGGCGAAGUGGGUCGCGGCGGACCCACGGGCUACACCGCCAAGCAGGGAGAAAGGGGAGAAGAUGUGCAGCUCAAGGUGGAAGACAGUGUGCUGUUGCACGCCGGCUCGGCAGCUGGCAUGAUCGGACAGAUGUAUCUGCGUGGCGAAGGUGUCCAGCAAGACUUCUCGCGCGCCUGGGUCUGGUUCUCGCGCGGCAAAGACACGGGCGAUGCCGAGUCGUACAACGGUCUCGGUGUGAUGCUGCGCGACGGCUUGGGAGUCGCCGUCGACAUGGGAUCAGCGACUAGCUACUUUGAGGCGGCAGCAAAAGCACGACACAGCGGGGCCAACGUCAACCUGGGCAAGAUCCACCUGGAGAUGGGCGACCUCGACAGCGCGGCCAAGUGUCUGACCAUCGCUUCCAUGGGUGACAGCCGCUUCGAGGCAGUCUACCUGCUGGCCAAAGUCAACGCCCAAGUGGCACGCAAGGAGAAGUCGAGCGACAGCUGCCGCAAAGCGCUCUCUGGGUUCAAGCACACCGCCGAGAACGGCGACUGGUCGACACGGAUCUCGCACAAGGCGGAGCAUGCGUGGCGGCGCGGCGAACGACAAAAGGCAUUGCUCGGCUGGGCGCUCGCGGGCGAACUGGGCUACGAAUCGGCACAGAACAACGUCGCGUACAUGCUCGACCGAGCCAACUCUCGGACACGCAUCUUGGAUCUGUCGAGCGACAGCAAGCAGCAGAGCAACUUCACCGACCGUCUCGCUCUGGUGCAGUGGACACGGUCGGCUGCGCAAAACAAUGUGGAUGCGAUGGUCAAGAUGGGCGACUACUACUUUCACGGCAUCGGCACGGGCAAUCCAGGGCAGCCAGCUUACGAGAAGGCCGCCGCAUGCUAUUCCGCCGCUGCUGACAAAGGCGUUUCGGCUCUAGCCUAUUGGAACUUGGGCUGGAUGUACGAGAACGGCAUCGGGGUCGCAAGGCAGGACUUUCACCUAGCCAAGCGGUACUACGAUACUGCGGUGGAGACCAACGUGGAAGCGUAUCUGCCUGUAGCGUUGAGUUUGGUCAAAUUGCACGUUCGCGCCGUGUGGGCCGCCGUCUUCCGAUCCGAGUCGAGUCAAAGCGCCAUCUCGCUUCUGUCGUCCUACGCGUCCUCGGAUCGGGGCAACACGGCCUACACGGAAGCGGAAGAGCAGGCGGCGGCCAAGCGCAAGCAAGCAGAGGAGAAGCAGAAGCAGCAGCAGAGGCUGUCCGAAGAGCAAGGUGGCGGAUACGGCGAUCCUAACGAGCCGGAGACGUGGGGAGCGAGGGAGGGCGAGACGGAUGAGGAUCUGGACGAUAUGAUCGAGUCCGGACUGCUGAUCUUGGCGCUCGGUGGGCUGGCCUAUCUGGCAUACGUGAGGCAGAAUGUGCAGCUGCAGCUGCGGAGGGAGAGGGGGGAUCAGGCCGAGCCACAGCAGCAGCAGGGAGGAGAGCAGCAGCAAGCACCGGCGCCUCACCAGCCCAAUCCAUGGGCUCCACUGGGAGGCGAGCCGAAUGCCGCUGCCAACUUACUCGCCGGGCUCUAG